CACACACACACACACACACACACACACACACACAACGGGCAUACUGCACUUUUUACAACUCACUUCUUGGAGGACCUCUCUGUCUUUGCUUCCUACUUUAACAACGCCAACAUCAGUGGGGCUAAAAGCAACUUAAGAUGAAGUCGUCCUGACCCCUCCUUUGCUCGGAGUGUCGCGAUGGCCGUGGGCCAGCCUGUCAACAUGAGUCUGAUGGACAUAUCGAAGAUCUUCUCCCUGCUCCAGCCCAAGGAGGAGGACGAGGACGGCGAGCAGGCUCGGGCCUUGAACGACGCCGUGGGCGCCGACGACGCAGCUCUGCUCUCCGAGCUCCUCGCUCAGGAGGAAUACCGGCGGUGCAUCAACGCUCCGAGCGGCUGGGGGGUCCCGGUGACCCCCCUGCGCACCGCCGCUGCCCUCGGACGCCUGAGGUGCCUGGAGAUCCUGUUGGGGCACGGGGCGGAGGUUUGUCACCGUCGGCGGAUAGACGUUUUGGAUGUGAAGGCCCAGACGCCUCUCUUCACAGCUGUGAGUGGGAAACACUUGGACUGCGUGGCGGCCCUGCUGAAGGCGGGAGCCGACCCCAACGGCAGCCAGUACAACAACUGCUCCCCGGUGCUGACCGCCGCCAGGGAGGGUGACGUAGACAUUCUCCGGGAGCUGCUGCGGUUUGGAGCCGAGGUGGACGUCCGGCCAAAGGUCCCCGAGUGGGCCACCAACGCCACAGCCUGCAGAGGGCCCCUGUACAUCUCAGCCGUCUAUGGACACCUGGGCUGCUUUAAGCUGCUCCUGCUACACGGGGCCAACCCCAACUAUAACUGCACGGAUGAGAAGAUGCUGGCCAGGAUCAAGCAACCCAAGACGGUUGUGGAGGUGUGUCUCCGUUACGGCUGUGGGGUGGAGUACAUUCAGCUGCUCGUAGACUUCGGGGCAGACGUCUAUCUACCUACACUCAUUAUUGACAAAACUACAAAGCAGAACGAAGCGCUACUGCUGCUGCUCAGAGAGAGAGUUUGUCCCAAAACACUGAUGUCACAGACUCGGCUGGCAAUCCGAAGACACAUCCCGUUUGCCGACAAGGACCCUGCAAUAGACAGUUUGGACAUACCUCUGGUCCUGAGGAACUACUUAAAGCACAUAAACGCUGAACCUGAGUGAUUUUAGUCUGAGUUUACGGAUUUUUCUGUUGUUCGAUUUUGCUUGCUUGAUUUUUUUCCUCAAAUUUCCUCAGUGAGCAGGACAAGACAAAAACUGUAGCAGCAGUUUUGUCCUGUCGCACUCCUUGAACUUCUCCACAUUUUGUAGCUACCACCACACUUUAGUGGAUCUUAGUCCGAUUUUGAGUGAUAGAGAAAAACACAAAAGGGGAUAAUUAGAAUGUGGAGGGGAAAACAGCAAUGCGUGGUUUUCUCCAUCUUUGACAAAUUAAAAUGUUAAUGUGGUAUUGGUUUUGUUCAACCCCUGAGUCAAUGCAUGGUAGAACCAUCUGCUGCUGCAUGUUCUACUUUUUUGACAAAAAGUAGAACAUGAAGAUCCAUUUUCACCUUGCUGUCUUGCAAACCCAGUUGGAUUUGGUCAAGCUGUAACCGAGAUAUUCUGGCACAACUUGAUUAAAGGUAUAUAAGAAAUA